ACGUCCAGCCAUCAUCAAAAUCCGCUUUCUCUCGCCGUUGUCUUUUUUUUUACGACAAUUUGUAACUCAUUGGAAUAGCACGAGCCACGGUGCCGCUGUUUUCAUUAACCCAGUUCUAGUUGCUGCGUCACCGCCAUACAACACGGGAUAUCUGAUUAGUGAGCACAGUUUUACUGGGUUGGAUAGAGGGAAUAGAGAAUGACUCACAUUUUGAAAAAGGGAAUGCUUUGACUACAGUGUGGAUUUUGACUGGAUGCAAGUGUGUUUUAGUGUGUGUUUUAGUGUGUGUUUUAAUGUGUGUUUUUCCCUUUGUGUUUCUGAUGGUGCAUCACAGAGUGUUUUAUGCUAUUUAGAAAUGUUACUUUAAUUUGCUGAGUGGUUAACUAUAUUCAGUCAGAUUUCUCACGCGUUCAUCAACCGCCGGCACUUUACAUACUGUUAUGCUUUAAGCAUCUUAAUUACUGAAUACAAUGGUGCAAUAAUUUAGUAUUUAUAUAUUUGUGCCUUUACUUGUCGACACCCGCGGGCAGCACACUGGGGUAACAACGAAACGGAAAGUUUUGGAAACAUUGACGGAUAGAUAUGGCAAUGGUAACGUGGAGAAACGGCGAGGAAGAUGUCGCCCGCGACUCUCAAGACGGAAUCUCUUCCCCGGUCUCUCAAGGCGAACGGUUAUCCCUCUCUACCGACCUAACCGGACACCUCAAUCCCACAUCCUCUCUGGAUAUCUCCUCAACACGUCAGACACCCCAAGGCGCUCAUUCAAGCAAUAUAUCUCAAUCUAUCACUAGCCAAUCGUCGACUAACUCCAUGGACAAACAACAGCCUCAGCAGAUCGAGUGUGUGGUGUGCGGGGAUAAAUCCAGCGGGAAGCACUAUGGUCAGUUCACAUGUGAGGGGUGUAAGAGCUUCUUCAAACGGAGCGUCAGACGGAACCUCGGCUACACCUGCCGCGCUAGCAGGAACUGUCCCAUUGAUCAACACCACAGGAAUCAAUGCCAGUACUGCCGCCUCAAGAAAUGUGUCAAAGUGGGAAUGCGGAGAGAAGCGGUUCAGAGAGGGAGGAUGCUGCCUACUCAACCGUACCACGGUCAGUUCUCCAUAACCAACGGAGACCCUCUCCAAUGCCACUCCUACCUUUCUGGAUACAUCUCCCUGCUCAUGCGAGCCGAGCCCUACCCCACAUCCAGAUACAGCACGCAGUGUAUGCAGUCCAACAACCUCGUGGGGAUCGAGAACAUCUGUGAGCUGGCCGCCCGGAUGCUGUUCUCGGCGGUGGAGUGGGCCCGAAACAUCCCCUUCUUCCCCGACCUCCAGAUCACCGACCAGGUCGCCCUGCUCCGGCUCACUUGGAGCGAGUUGUUCGUGCUGAACGCGGCCCAGUGCUCAAUGCCGGUGCAUGUGGCUCCUCUCCUGGCCGCGGCAGGGCUGCAUGCCGCCCCCAUGUCGGCGGAGAGAGUCGUGUCUUUCAUGGACCAUAUCCGGAUCUUCCAGGAGCAGGUGGAGAAGCUGAAGGUUCUGCAUGUUGACUCAGCCGAGUACAGCUGCAUUAAGGCUAUAGUUCUCUUUACGUCAGAUGCGUGCGGUCUGUCAGACGUGACUCACGUGGACGAUCUUCAGGAGAAGUCCCAGUGCGCCCUGGAAGAGUACAUCAGGAGCCAGUACCCUAACCAACCGAACCGGUUUGGGAAGCUACUACUCCGUCUGCCCUCUCUACGCACCGUCUCCUCGUCCGUUAUAGAACAGUUAUUCUUCAUCCGGUUGGUCGGAAAAACACCAAUAGAAACUCUCAUUAGGGAUAUGUUGCUUUCCGGAAGCAGUUUUAAUUGGCCUUACAUGUCGAUGCAGUAGAAUAAGAACAUUCCAGAACACAUCAGGAAUGGAAUCAUAGAACUAUAAUGUUCUAUGGGUGGAACUUUAGAUACUGUCAGAGGAACAGGCAACAUUCUAAAGCAGUGGUUCACAACCUUUAUCUGUAACUGUACCAGCAACUAAAUGUUACUCUGCCCGGAGUCCCCCCGUAGUCCCCUGGAGUACCACUGGAGUACGCCUGGAGUCCCCCCGGAGUCCCCUGGAGUCCCCCGGAGUAGCCCCGGAGUACGCCUGGAGUCCCCCCGGAGUCCCCCUGGAGUCCCCCCGGAAUACCCACUCAGGUGCAUUUUACUAGCAGGCCUAUGGUCUCAUGAGUCUUCUCAGUAACCCCUGAGGUUAGGCCAAGUACCCCCAGGGGUCCUAGUACCCCUGGUUGGGAACCACUGUUCUAAAGCAUGAAAAGAGACUAAUUAAAUGACAGGGAUCCUCCUCACAAAUCAUGAUUUGGGAAACAAAAUAGAGUAUUUAUUUGACCCUGUAUGUAUAUUUAUUGUGCAUGUUAAUGAUUUUUAUUUUUUACAAAUGUUUUCCAUUUGACCCUGGGUAAGAAAAUGACAAGGGAAUUGUUGUAGUUUUUUUCCGACUUUGUCUUUUGUCCAUACAUGUCUUUUUGUAUAAUGUGCUCCAAACAUGAAACAUGACUAGUUUCUUUAAACAUUUCAAUAAACACAGUAGUUCAGGGGUACUCUAAUACUAUUAGAGAUGAUCUGAGCACACAGAUGUCCUAGAUGGCAAAGGUCUGGAUGGAUAUUGUCAUUUAUCAGUGUAACAGACCCUCACAACCCAUGCGACCCAAACCGUUCAACUGUUCACAGCCCUUAGCAGUUGAAAAGCUCAUUUCCUGCAAUUCUACACAUUUCCCAUGUCGUAUGUGUUCAUAUGAUACCAGGACUCAAAUCCCGACCCAAUUAAAUGUGAAAAUGUUGUUUAAAAAACAUGUCCUGGGUCACGAUCCCAUGGUCCUUAUUGAUUCUGUUCUGGGUCUGGAUCCCAUGGUCCUUAUUGAUUCUGUUCUGGGUCUGGAUCCCAUGGUCCUUAUUGACUCUGUUCUGGGUCUGGAUCCCAUGGUCCUUAUUGAUUCUGUUCUGGGUCUGGAUCCCAUGGUCCUUAUUGAUUCUGUUCUGGGUCUGGAUCCCAUGGUCCUUAUUGAUUCCGUUCUGGGUCUGGAUCCCAUGGUCCUUAUUGACUCCGUUCUGGGUCUGGAUCCCAUGGUCCUUAUUGACUCCGUUCUGGGUCUGGAUCCCAUGGUCCUUAUUGACUCCGUUCUGGGUCUGGAUCCCAUGGUCCUUAUUGAUUCCGUUCUGGGUCUAGAUCCCAUG